GGCCAGGCUGGGGUGGCGGGGCGAGCACUCCGGUUUGCAGGGGCAGUAGGUUUAACUUCUGAUCACUUGGCUCUCUGCAACACGAACAUGUAUUGUCCUGGUCUGCCAUUUCGUCCCCUUCCACGAAGGCCCAAGAUCUUGAUAUGGCCGGUCUCCGGAAAGACCUUCGAAGUUUCAAGGGACCGCUUACACCUGAGACGGACUACAGAACAGCACGUACCAGAGGUGGAAGUCCAGGUCAAACGUCGGAGGACAGCCUCACUGAGCAACCAAGAGUGUCAGCUGUACCCAAGGCGAUCUCAGCAGCAGCAAAUACCUGUGGUGGAUUUCCAGGCCGAACUGAGACAGGCAUUCUUAGCUGAGACACCAAGAGGUGGUUAAAGCAGUAUUGGAACAUCCAGUAGCUGAUUGCCAAGUAAA